AGAAGAAGAAGAAGAAGAAGAAGAAGAAGAAGAAGACACGGCUGACAAAAAUUUCCGGGUCAUGGUGUUGCACUCUUUUGCAUUACUGUUGGUUAACUUUAGCUAUUUGCUUAAAAGGGUCGUUGCUUAGGUUUUAUAUUCUAGUGGCUUUGCAAAUGGAUGCAUUGCACAGACACCGUUCACUUUAUAAAGGAACCACGCCACCAUGGAAAGAAACAUAUCGGCGGCGCUGCAUGGACAGACUAAAAAACAGCCGCUCCAGGCUGUUGGACAGAUAUCGUCAGAUGGGAGAGACCUGCAGCUCCGGGGCCUCCAUCAUCGUCCAGGAGGUGAUGGGUGAGGAGUGGACCGCACUGCAGUCAGAGGACCAGAGGCUACCCUCUCUGUGGGGGUCAGGGGGCAUGUCGGAGAUGUUCAAUGUCAUGAAGGAAUAUGAUGAACUGGCAGUUUUAGAAGACAUCCAACAGGAACUGAUGUCUCACGAAAUGUCUAUUAUUGAAGAGUAUGAAAGGAACCUGCAGUUUGAGCAACAGUAUAUAUCAUCUGUUGUGGAAGGCAUGGAUGAGAUGCAGAUCAUUUGCCCUACAUGUCAUGUGAACAAUUUGAACGUCAACAGUUACUUCAUAGCUUGUCCCUGCGGAUUGUACAUUAACACUAAGAAACGGAACAUUACACCAGAGGCCCUGCGGAAUCUUCUGGAAUCUAGAAUGUCAGAGCACAUGGGGGACUGUCUUUACAAUCCAAUUUUUUCUGUUGCUUCAAACACCGAUAGCUCACCUAACCUGAUGAUAAGCUGCAAGGUUUGCGACUACCUGUCCAUUGUUCUUUGAAAGCAGACUUGGCUUCUAUGGCUACUGGACUUAAGAGAUUUGAUUUAUAGAGAAUUUUUUCUAUGUUAUAUGUUUGUUGAAAUAAAGGCUAUUUAUAUAAAAAA